GAACCAGCUCUGCGGCGGCUGCCGUUGCAUCAUCCGCCGGGGUCGGGACCUCCGUGUCAUUCAUUCAGUGACAGCUCCUUCUGCAUGCUUAGCGCCGACUUUUGUGUCGGGACACAGACCAGGAAGGAUGCCCUGGGCUGCAUCACCAGUGCGGGCAGCUCUGGGGAACCAGAUUGACAGCGAAAGGGAGACGCUUGAGAACGAUGUGGGUUCGCUGUGCAGCCCAGACUGCCUUCGAACCCGCCGUCUUCAGCCUGUUGAGUGCCGGGAUAGCAAGCGUUGGCCACCAAGCCCGGCAUUCGCUUUACUUAGUGUUGACUGGGUUCCGGUUGCGUGUCAGGCACUGUGAGAGAGUGGAACUGUCCACAUGACACGGAAGAUCUCAUUUCGGUGAGACAGUAACCAACCAGUACGAUAAGAAGACGAUUUAUUAAAAUGCUGAGUGUUUUCUAGGAAAGGAAGCCAAGUGGUGUGCGGGAGCAGCAUUUGAUAGGUGACAUUAAUUUGAGAACCGAACAGAAGAGUCUCUUCUAUGGACUUAGUAUUCACGAUACACUUAAUUACUUACUCAGUUCUACAAACUAAACGGUUACGAGGAAAGGGAGCUGAUGAAGAAUUUGACGAGUUGUGUUUUGAAUUUGGUUUGGAACUUGAUGAAAUUACUUCUGAGAAGCAAAUUAUAAGUAAGGAACAAGGCAACCAAAAGGCACGGGGAGCCUCAGAUGUUGUGCUUUACAAGGUUGACGUCCCUGCCAACAGAUAUGAUCUCCUAUGUCUGGAGGGAUUGGCUCGGGGACUUCAAGUCUUCAAAGAAAGGAUAAAAGCUCCAGUAUAUAAACGAGUAAUGCCUAUGGGAGAAAUCCAAAAAUUGAUUAUCACAGAAGAGACAGCUAAAGUGCGCCCCUUUGCUGUAGCCGCGGUUCUCCGGAACAUCACCUUCACUAAAGAGCGAUAUGACAGCUUCAUCGAACUGCAAGAGAAACUACACCAGAAUAUUUGCAGAAAAAGAACAUUGGUUGCUAUUGGCACUCAUGACUUGGACACUUUGUCAGGCCCAUUCACUUUCACUGCGAAACGUCCUUCAGAUAUCAAAUUCAAGCCUCUGAAUAUGACCAAGGAGCAUACAGCUUGUGAACUAAUGAAUAUAUACAAGACUGACAAUCACCUAAAGCAAUAUUUACAUAUCAUUGAAAAUAAGCCCCUGUAUCCAGUUAUCUAUGACAGCAAUGGUGUGGUCCUCUCCAUGCCUCCGAUUAUAAAUGGGAACCAUUCAAAAAUUACACUGAAUACUAGGAAUGUAUUUAUUGAAUGCACAGGAACUGACUUCACUAAGGCAAAAAUUGUGCUUGACAUUAUUGUCACCAUGUUCAGUGAAUACUGUGAAAAUCAGUUUACAGUUGAAGCAGCUGAAGUAGUUUCUCCUAAUGGAAAAUCAAACACCUUUCCAGAGCUGGCUUACAGAAAGGAGAUGGUGAGAGCUGAUUUAAUUAACAAGAAAGUUGGAAUCAGGGAAUCUCCUGCAAACCUUGCCAAGCUCCUGACCAGGAUGUGUCUGAAGUCAGAAGUCAUAGGCGAUGGUAAUCAGAUUGAGGUUGAAAUUCCUCCCACCAGAUCCGACGUUAUCCAUGCAUGUGAUAUUGUGGAGGACGCGGCUAUUGCUUAUGGAUAUAACAACAUUCAGAUGAUUCUGCCGAAAACGUACACCAUAGCUAAUCAGUUUCCUCUCAACAAGCUCACGGAGCUUCUCAGACUGGACAUGGCUGCUGCUGGCUUCACUGAAGCUCUUACUUUUGCUCUGUGCUCCCAAGAAGAUAUUGCUGAUAAACUUGGCUUGGAUAUCUCUGAGACAAAGGCAGUUCACAUUAGUAAUCCCAAAACUGCUGAGUUCCAGGUGGCACGCACUACCCUUCUUCCUGGCCUUCUAAAGACAAUUGCAGCAAACCGGAAGAUGCCACUUCCUCUCAAACUGUUCGAAAUCUCUGACAUUGUAGUGAAAGAUCCUAGCAAAGAUGUAGGUGCAAAAAACUACAGGCAUCUCUGUGCUGUUUAUUACAACAAGAACCCUGGGUUUGAGAUCAUCCACGGGCUGCUGGACAGAAUUAUGCAGCUGCUCGAUGUGCCUCCCAGUGAGAAGGGGGGCUACAUGAUCAAAGCAUCAGCAGGUUCUGCAUUCUUCCCUGGGCGGUGUGCUGAAAUCUUUGCCCGGGGUCAAAGCAUCGGGAAGCUAGGCGUCCUUCAUCCUGAUGUUAUCACCAAAUUUGAGCUGACCAUGCCCUGUUCCUCUCUAGAAAUCAAUAUUGAGCCCUUUUUGUGACGUUGGUCUUGGCUGUAUCGUUCUCUCUCUAAGUGUCCCUUUCCUCCUGUGGUAUCCUUCAGCCCCUCUUAUGGGGAAUAUCCAUUUGUGCUUUAAUGUUUAAUAAAGUGAAGUGUGCUGUCUGGCUUUGGGGAGCUGCAUUAGGACAGCUUGUGGAACAGCCAGUGUGGAUCUGUACGCACUGGUGAGUUCUGGAAGCAGGACUAUUGCUUAGACAUCAGAGUGUCACUGUUACUUAUGACUCCGGUGUAGCAGAUUCCAUGUUUUCCUUAUUAAUGAAACAAGUGGUUGAUAAGAACACUCAUUGUACAUGAUUAAGCCUUUUCUACUCUUGACAUGUAUAAGUCAAUAAAAUCAGUACUUUAA